GGGUGCGGUCACGUGAGCGCGGUCACGUGACGCCGCGGCGGCAGCGACUCGCGGGCGGGCCUGCCCCAUGGCGUCAGGGCCGGAGCUGCUUCGUGCCGAUGACACCAGCGAUGGGGGGAGCCCGUCCUGCCCCACUGCGCCCCAUAGCGACGGCUCCUGCCCCAUAGCGCCCCAUAGCGACGGCUCCUGCCCCAUAGCGCCCCAUAGCGACGGCUCCUGCCCCAUAGCGCCCCAUAGCGAUGGGUCCUGCCCCACAGCGCCCCCCGGUGCUCGCCUCAGCAUCGCUAUCCUCUGCUACAUCAACCUGCUCAACUACAUGGACCGCUUCACUGUGGCCGGUGUCCUCCCUGAAGUUGAGGACUUCUUCAGCAUUGGCGACAGCAGCUCCGGGCUCCUGCAAUCAGUGUUCAUUGGCAGUUACAUGGUGCUUGCUCCCCUCUGUGGCUAUUGGGGUGACCGCAGGAGCCGGAAGCGGCUCCUGAGCCUUGGCCUUGCCCUAUGGGCAGCGGCCACCAUGGCCGGGAGCUUCGUGCCCCCCCAGGGUUUCUGGGCGCUGCUAUUGGCUCGCGCUGUGGUUGGUGCUGGUGAAGCCGCGUUCUCCACUGUGGCCCCCACCCUGGUGGCAGAUCUGAGCCCCCCCGGCCCCCCCCGCAGCCGAGCACUGGGGGGGUUCUACCUGGCGGUGCCGCUGGGCAGUGGUCUGGGUUACAUCACAGGGGCAAAGGUCAAGGAGGUGGCGACUGAUUGGCGGUGGGCCCUGCGGGUGACCCCUGUACUGGGGCUGUUGGCACUGGUGCUACUGGUGACCCUGGUGACCGAUGCCCCCCGGGGGGGCACCGAGACCCCCCCCCGGGACCCCCCUGACCCACAGCGCGUGGGGCAGUGACCUCAGGGACCUGCUCACCAAGUGGGUGCAAUGGGGUAAUGGGGA